AUGAAGCAAGAUUUGUUUAGAUGCCUACCCUCAGAAAUUUUCUCCAAUAUCCUAUUGAGACUCUCACUUCGAACCAAGAAGAAGCAAGAUUUGUUUAGAUUCCUACCAUCAGAAAUCUUCACCAAUAUCCUAUUGAGACUCUCACUUCAAACCAUUGCAACUUGCAAGUGCGUAUGCAAACCAUGGCGCGAUCUGAUCGAGAGUAACGAAUUUCUCGAGUCCCAUAAUCUUUCUAAAUCCGCCCCCGCCCUAGCUGUCUUGAUGCCGGCAAUGCAUUCAAGCUGGUUCAAUCUUUUCAAAUUGGAAGACGAGCACGAGCACGAGCAGGAUCCGAUCACCAAGUUUGAUUUCCCCCAAGCAUCAACAAUACAAGGUUCCGCCAACGGUUUGCUUCUUCUCAGAAACCCUUAUCAUAUUUACAUAUGUAAUCCGAUCACCAAUGAGUUUGUCGAGCUCCGUGGGCCCCACACUCUCCUCUGGGGAGAUUGUUAUGGAUUUGGAGUGAGCAGAAUAAGCGGACAACAUAAGAUUAUCUAUCUUAACCGUAAAUUUGGAUGUUACACAUACACUCUUGAAUCGGGAGCUUCUUGGAGAAGCGUUGAAGCCACUAGCCUCUCGUUUCGUCACUGCCACGGCCCCGGGGCAUUUGUUAAUGGCAAUAUCCAUUGGUUGGUUUCAAAUAAUGGGAUGCCUUAUAUAUAUUGUUUUGAUGUUGAAACGGAAUGUUUUAGCAUAUUUUCUCCGCCUCCCAUAAAAAAAUAUGGGAAGUUGCAUGCUUUGGAGGAUUGCCUAUAUUUGGUUGAAGAGUGUUAUGGCUUUGGCAAAAUCUGGCUGUUUGAGGGAUACAAAUGUUGGAGGAAGUUGCAUGACACUCAUAUUCCUUUCAUAGAGCAUGGAUAUGGAUCCGAUUAUGUUCAGCCUAUCAAAGUUUAUGGGAAUGGUGACAUGCUGAUGUUAUGGAAGGAGAAGCUUUUUCUAUACUACUCCAACAAGAACAAAAGUGUUAGACAAAUUGAUGUUUAUGGUAAAUUGAAUGAUGAUUGUUACUAUAUCAAUUCUAUUUAUCUCACUCCAAGUUUUCUCUCACUCAGAAGAAGUUUGGGCAUGGAUAAUGUAAUGCCAUUUUAG